GAGUGGUCUUUGCCUAGUGUCUAAGUGAUCAGAAAUUGAUUGAUCGUACUGACGGAUCACAUUUUCGCUCGGUAAUCGACUACUGUUGCCUGGCAUUUGAACUCGCGUCGCGCGCAAAGCGUUGACUAUCAGCCCGCGAGUUGAUACAUGCUACAUUUUCGGUAUAGAUUUGUAUAUCAGAUGCACACUUGUAGCAGGUACUAGCAAGUUACUGAGAAAACAGAACGACGUCAGAUUAAGCGAUGGACACCCAGUCGUACCUGCCCGUGCCUCCGGGAGUGGGGAAGGAGGAGAAUUUCUUUUCUUUGGACGAUAUCUUGCUGUCGCAUGAGCGGCUGCCGUGUCGGCUAGAGACAAAGUUUCCUCGCCUCGGAUUCCUCGAGAAAUCCAGCGACACACGAGACAUUCCGGAGGGCACUAAGAUGGAGAUGCCAUUGUGGGUGGCUAAGGGUCUGUACGAGCAGAAGAGGAGGGUGCUGGCAGUAGAGCUUCCCAAGGUGUACCGCGAGGGCUGGAGGACGGUGUUUGGAGCCGACCCCAAUGUGGUGGAUCUGCACAAGAUGGGGCCAUACUACUAUGGACUGGGCUCCCAGAUGCUCCACUUUGACAGCCCAGAGAACCCCGACGUGGCACAGGCCAUCCUGCAGACAUUUAUCGGCCGGUUCCGGCGGAUCAUGGACUCUUCUCAAAAUGCGUACGAUUCGGACACGUCUGCGCUGGUGGAGCGGCUGGACUGCCUGGAGAGGGCGCUGUUUCGGGAGGGACAGAACGGCCUCAACGCCUUUCAGCGCUGGGAGAAAGGACAUGCGCACCUCACAGCCUCAAACCUUGUCAUCAACUACCGCAAGAGGAAACUGGCUGACAUGAAUGUCUAAAAACACACACACACACACACACACACACACAAUUUAUGCAUUCUCUCAUCAGGGAGACUGAUAUACUCACGUACACACUUACACAAGCUCAGUCUCUCUGUCUACAUGCAUGCAUACACGCAUCUUCCCAGGACAUCACAUAAUGACCAACAACCACACCAGAAUGCACAGACAGACUUAUUUUGUGACUAUACGCACGCACACACACACACACGUACGUCUUGUAUGUCCUUUUGUAAAAUGUAAAAAGUACUAUAUAAAUGUUGAGUUCUUGUGUGUUCUGUGUGUACGAUCAUGCAUAAGCAAAAGUUUUUAAAUGUAGCCACAGCAAAGAGCACAGCAGUGGUUUAUUAAAAUUAAAAUGAUUUGAAAUCA